UUGUUAACCGCGUUAAAAUAAACUUAAUAAUUAACACCUAAACAGUAAUAGUUUAUUCAUAAAUAUUGUAUUAUAAUCAACAAAGAACUUAAAAAUAGAAUCUUGGCCUUUAGAGCUGAAAAUAAGCUUGGAAUGUUUAAGAGAAGUGUUAGUCCAAAUUAAAAAGUUAAGUAGCGCAAGCACUAUAGAUGCGAAUUGAAUAAUGGUGUUUACGAAGGAGAUAUUUUAUAAUACCGUAAAGAUGGUAUAGGCAUGUUUAUUCAUGAUGAAGGUAGUGUCUACUUUGGAGGAUUCUAUUAAGAUAAUUUCCAUGGAGAAGGUGUAAUCCUCUUUAAAUAAGGAGGCAUAUUUUAUGGAUAAUUUUAAAGAGGAAAAGUAAAUGGAAUUGGUUGCUUAUAACUAAAGGAGAGUUUUGUUGUUGGGUAUUUUUCGUAAAGCAUAAUGAAUGGGCGAGUCUAUCUUUUUAAUUCAUCAAGUAGAGUCUGGAAAUUCUGUGAAUAUUAGUAAGGGAAAAAAAUAAGAGAAAUAUAAGAAGAAACCGUAGAAGACAUAAGGCAACUCCCUUCUUUUUUGAUAAAAGAUUAAUAAGCAUCUGCCAAAUUUAUAAAUUUUUUAGACUUGUAAAUAGAAUAAAUAUUUAAAAAAGAUGUCAAUAACUCUCUCUCGCUUUUAGAGUGUGAAUAGAAUCCGAGGUAAAAAUAUGUAGGAUAUAUAGACAAAUAAGGUAAUUUAAAUGGCCUAGGAUGCAUCUUUACGAACGAUUUAUUGCAGAUGUGUGGCUCUUAUGAAGAAGGAAAAAUAUAAGGGUUAGGUAGAACUUUACAUGAUAAUGGUGAUAUUUACGAUGGAUACUUUAGAAGAGAUUAAAUGGAAGGAUAGGGAAUAUAUUAUACUUAUCAAACAAAUACUUAUAUUUAUGCUUAUUUUAAAAGAAAUGAGUGUAUUAAAGUAAUAAAAGGAGACUAGGACUAUCCAACUUAGUUAAUAAGAAAAAUGAAGUAAAAGAUUCAUGAAAAAAGUGCAGAAUAUUUGGAUGGAAGCAUAAAUUUUAAAGGAAUAAACAUAAAUUUGGAGUACAUAGUCAAAUCUAUAAAAGAAGAUAUGAUAAUGAAUGCAAAAAGAUAAAGGAAUCAGUUCUUUGAUAUUUCCAGAUGCGAUGCCAUAGAAGAUGAAGAUUAAAUUUUAAAAAAGGCUGAUUUUAUUUAAUAGGAGUAAAGCAGCAUAGCAAGUUAUAGAAAGAGUUCUAACGGAUCAAAUAAUACUGCAGGUGCCAAAUUUUAAAUAUAUAAUUAAAACACAAAUAAGAUGAUUAAAGUUUAACCAUUUACUAAUAUGGUUUAAAGUUAAAUUCAAGAUGAUUCUAACUUAAUUUAAAAUACUAUAAAUGAACCUUAAGAUUCGCCCAUAAGACCAUCAACAUCUUAAUCUAAAAGUAAUUAGAAAAAUUCAAAAAUAUUUACCCAAAGUAGAUAGUCUAGAUCACCUGUCUAUGAUAGAUUACUAAGUAGUAGUUAUUAAAAAGAAGUAUUGUCAUAGUCUUAAAGGCUAAUUAAAAGCAUAGAAAAUAGUAAUAGUUUACAAAAUCUUACAGAUCGAACUUCUGCAAAUCCAAGGACAAGUUUUAAUGAAAAUCUAUACAAUUAAAAUACUUCAACAUAUUUCAAUUAAUCCCAAAACUCUAGUAACAAUCAGAAUAUUUCCAUAAAAAAGUUAAUAAAUAGUUAGUUGAUUGAGAAUAAAAGUAUGACUGAUAAUUAAAUAAAAAUGCAAUUGUUAUAUGAUAACCCAGAAAAUAAUAAUUCAACAUUUAUCUAGAGUUAAUCCAAUUUAUAAUCACCUUUAAAAAGUUAAGUUAUUAAAAGCAAAAUUUUUGGCCAAAGCCCUUUAAAAAAUAGCUAAUAAAUAAAUCAAUCAACAAACUCUCUUUAUCAGAGAAAUUUAAUUUUCUCUCCUUAAAAAUCUUUAGAUAAAAGCAUGAGUAAUCAUAAAAUUAGCUAAUAAAUUAAUGGAAAUCAAAGUGUUUAAUAGAAUCAAUCUCCUUAAAAUAUUUAAAAAUCUAUUAUGAUGAGUCCCUCUCGUUAAACCAUGCAAAAUAGCAAGAUGACAAGAAAGUAUUCUCCCAUAUUUCAAGAUUGUUCCUAAUCUAGCUUUAGAUUAUCGACUAUAAGGGAAAUGUAAAAUAGUAGUACGAUCUUAGAUAGCUAAUAAUAAUAAUAAAACAUAAAUUCUUAAUAACAAUUGAAUUAAUCUAAAUUUUAACAAAAAAAGAGAGAUAUAUUUACUUCAAACAGAGAUCUCUCAGCUCCUAUUCUAAAUAGUAGGAUUGAAACUCCUAAAUUAAAUAGUUCAAUAUUUAUAGAAAGAAAGGAAUCUCCUUCUAGACUUUACUAAUAAAUUGAUAACGAAGCAAAUUUAAAAUAAUAAUAACAUAGUGAAAAGCUUAAAAUGUAAAUAGGAUAACAAAAAUAUUACUCUCCGUCAUUUAACCCUUAGUCUCUAACUUUAGGAGAAUUGAUUAAAAAAUAAUAAAAUUCUGUUAUUAGAUAUUCACCUAAUAGAAACUCUUAAAAUAACUCUCUCAACAACUCUUAUAUUAAUUCUUAAAGAUAAAGUAGCAUUUUUAAUUAAGAAAAUAGACCAAAUUAUUCUGAAUAUGGUUUAUCAUCUUAAAGAUUUUAACCUAAUCCUUUUGUUCAAAGUCAAUAUGAAUAAAUUUCAAGAGAUUAAUCGCCUCCUAGCCCUUUAAAAUUUUAGAAAACUAGAAUAUUCUAGGAAAUUUCUUAGCCAAUUAAAAGAUCAUAAAAUUUUAAUUUAAAUAUUUCAUUUUAAGACUAAAAUUAAGAUCAAUAAUUUGUAAAUUAAACUUCAAAAUCUCCUAGCUAAGCACCACUUGCUUUUAAGACUUCUAAAUUUGUGGCUAACUAACUUAACUUAUGA